AUGUUUGGGCGCUCAAAGCAUGGUGCUACGCCGCUGCCUGUAGCCCAGAUCGCCGUGCUCAUGGCGGUUCGUCUCGCCGAGCCUAUUGCGUACAAUGUCAUUUUCCCGUUUGUGAACCAGAUGGUCGAAGAGCUCGGGGUGACGGAUAACCCUGAUCGGGUCGGGUUCUAUUCAGGUUUGGUCGAAUCGGUGUUUGCUUUUGUGCAAUUCUUUACAGUCUACCACUGGGCCAAGAUGUCAGAUAAGAUCGGGCGGAAACCGGUGCUGUUACUGGGCUUGACGGGUGUGGCGAUAUCGGGCUCACUCUUCGGACUGGCAAAGUCAUUCUGGGCCAUGAUAGUCUUUCGGUCAUUAAGCGGCGCGCUCAACGGGAAUGUCGCUGUGAUCAAAGCUGCGAUAGGAGAUAUAACGGAUGAUAGUAACAGUACAGAGGCCUUUGCCAUGUAUGGUCUGACAUGGAUAGUCGGCACCAUGAUCGGGAAUGCGAUGGGCGGUACACUAUCGCACCCGUACGAGAGGCUCCCCAACUGGUUCAGCUCUUUCACUCUUCUCCAAGAGUACCCUUAUCUACUUCCAUGCCUAGUCGCGGCAGGCCUGACAGUAAUCGGUAUUCUCUUCUCUCUCCUAUUCUACCACGAAUCCCUCCCCGGGCUCGCUACGCCCCAUCGCCCAGCCUUGUUCCCGCUCCACAUCGAUACCGGCCUAUCCCGCUUGUCGUCUUCCUUACCUUCCCCCUUCUCUCCUUUCUCCCGGUCGCCAGCGAGUCAUAAGCGACAGGCGUCAAUGGCUUCGUUGGUGUCGGAAUCAGAAACGUUGGUUGAUUCUGAAGGGACGCAGGAAUUGUUGGGCAAGUCGAGAGACGGGAAUGGGGGAGAAUGGACGUUUCCCGAGUUGAUGAGGUUCAAGAAGGUCAGGGUGAUGGUUGCAACACAGUUUCUGAAUUCAUUUAUGCAGGGUGCUUGGGGAGCUGCGGUGCUCUUGUUCUUCUUUGAUAGACACAAUGGCCUAGGCAUGUCUGCGUCGGCGAUAGGACUCUCUUUGGCGCUCAACGGACUAUGGACGAUCCUCUGCCAGAUCCUUCUUCUGAGCCGUAUCCGACGCUGGUUCGGCAUUUCCAUGGGCUACAAGGUCCUCUCUGCCGGCUGGCCUCUGAUAUGGCUUAUCCUCCCUUUCCUCCGAAACGUCCUUACCGCGACUGAAAAACCGUUGUCGCCCCCAGAAGACGACCAGUACACCCACCCAUUGUUAUACCCAGAAACAAGGGGAUGGCCUACAGCCAUUUGUAUCAAUCUGUACUUGUCCCUGGCGUCCAUUGUGGCCAUCAGCUCGAGUCUGUUGAUGGCAGUCGUCAAUUACUCGAGUCCUGACCGGACUGCUCUCGGGGCUAUCAACGGCAUUUCCACAGCAGCAGGUUGCAUGGCAAGAGUCAUUGGUCCGUCGUCGGUCUCGGCGUUGUUUGCGAUAUCUAUGGACGGCCAAGUGAUGAACGGUCGGCUUUGGUGGAUAGUCAUGGUCGGCAUGUCGCUCAUCAACCUCGGCGUCUGCUGUCUGUUGGAGAACGAUCCCUCGGGGUCCACGUAUCUGCCCAAGGACAUUGAAGAGGGGCUGGAUGUUGAGAUGGGUGGGAUGUCACCGUCGGCUGGGCCUGGCGAUACAGGCGAGAGAGUUGGAUGA